GACAGCGAGCGCGUAUGCGUAAGUAUGCGAUUGAUGGGCAGCGGCAGUUCCCAGGGCCCGCAGCAUGUCACUGGCCCCCGAGUGUGGUGGAGAGUGCAUCUCACUGCCGGCUUGUCUAUGUGCAGCACAUGUGGGCUAGUGGUAAUCAAUGCUCUAGAAGUAUUAUGCCCCAUCGUGUGGCAGUCUGACACGCGCUCCAACAAGGGCGCUCAAGCGUCGUGUACUUGGCUCGGCCGUCGAGCAGGCCCUUGA